CGCGUGCCGUGCUAGCCUAUAUUAUAAGCGUACGCCUGGGUCGAUACCACUGCAGUGGUGGCGGCGACUAGUGAGUGUGAGACUGACAGCCAGCGCGCCCGCUCGCCCGAGCCAGCCCACGACGACCGGAAUCGGAAUCUAACACAAAAUGACGUACCUCGAAAAGGUUGAUAGUUAUUUGGAUUCCCUUAAGGUUGGCAAAAGUGCCUUAGUAGACUCAUGGUUCAUGAUGUCGAGCCCGACGCCCAUCCUGUCGGUGGUGCUGGGCUACCUGCUCGUCAUCAGGAUCGGCCCCCGCCUGAUGAAGAAUCGCCCCCCGCUCAAGAUGUACAACCUGCUCACGUAUUACAACGCUGUGCAAGUGCUGUUCUCUGUUAUGAUAUGUUUUAAGGCAUUAAAUUUGAACCUAUUUCGUGAUGGGAUCAUAUACGCAGGUUGUCGCUAUCCGUCGAAUACACAGAACUAUAAGUUGCUGGAGCUGGGCUGGUGGUACUUCUUUGCGAAGUUCACAGAACUAUUAGACACAGUAUUUUUUAUAUUAAGAAAAAAAGACAAACAGGUGACAUUCCUGCACGUGUACCACCACGCCACGAUGGCCCUGUACGCGUGGUCGUACCUCAAGUUCGCGGCGGGCGGGCAGGGCGCCAUCCUCGCGCUCCUCAACUCUGCCGUCCACGUCGUCAUGUACACCUACUACUUCCUGUCGGGAUUGGGGCCGCGCUUCCAGAAGUACCUGUGGUGGAAGAAGUACGUCACUACUAUGCAGCUGGUGCAGUUCCUGAUCAUGCUGUCGUACUGCGUGUGGACGCACUACUCGCCGCGCUGCCAGUACGCCACCGGCUUCACCUACUUCAUCUCCAUCAACGUCACCAUCUUCCUCGUGCUCUUCCUCAACUUCUACUCCAAGAGCUACAAGGGCAAGAAGAAGCCCCAAAUCGACGAGACGGAACCCUUCGAAAAGACCAGGAAUGGAGUCGAAAGAAAUGGGAUCAAUAAAGUGCAAAAUGGGAUUAAGAAUGGGGUCAAAGCUCAGAAUGGCUUUGAGAAGUGCGAGGCAAAGGAACCGUUUAUGCGGUGCGGAGACAUCGGCGGUGACGCAUCAGAGACGGAGGACGUGGCCCACGAGGUCAACGUACCCUACGGGGACUACUCCAAGAAUGGGAAGAUGUACCUCACGAGGCGCACGGCGAAGGCUGUCAAUGGACCAGAAUACGAUUUCGACUCAAAAAUAAAGAAAUGAUUUUACAUAACAAAUAGUGACGUUCCGUGGUUGAAGCGGUAACCAUGUUUUAUCAUGAUCAGAGACUGAUGGAGCUUAUGAUGAAGGAAUAUAAUUCUAAAUGCUAGAAUAAUAUGUAUAUUUGGUUAAUUAAAAGAUUAAGAGCCAGUUUCAUAAUGCCUGGAUCCAAGUUAUGUGUGUGAUAAAAUUCGUGCUGUUAUGACAGUCAUGUCACUGGCAAUAAUAAUUUCAGAGAGUGUCAGAAUGGCUUUAAAAACCAAUAAAUAAUAAUCCUUUAUCCAGAGAUAUAUUGUGAAACUAGCAGUAAGUCUAAAAAGUCCUUUUAAAAUUACGUUUAAGUUAUAAAGUACAUAGAAGUUAAAUAAGGUGCAUGGAAUUGAAAAAAAAAGUGUCCAGUAAAUAGAUUUUGUGCAUUUACGCUGAUGAUUCUGAUUAUAAUUGUUAUUUUGAAUAAAUGGUACUACUUAAUAAGAGAAAUUAUAUGCUUUAA